AUGUACUCCUUGAAGCCACUAUUAUUUUUGCUCUCGGCCUUGGCUUUGAUAAGCCUGUGCCAGGCGGAGAAUUUCACAGUAGGCUCAAAUCUAAACGGACAGCUGGUGCACAUUGAAAAAGUGUCGCUUUCCGCUUUUCCUUUCAAAGUGAGGACGAAAACUGUCUCUUACAAUGGUCAACAAGCUAUAAGGGGUAUUUCUGCGAUCGACCUGGAUAAGUCGAAGGCUAAAGUAACAAUAAUGGCGGGAGGUAUAGGCUUUACAUACGCCACUCUUCGAUUGAAGAGUGAAAGGGGAGAAGGACUAGAGUACCAAGUGCAGAUAUAUGCGUAA